AUGUAUAAUAAACUUUAGGAGAUUUAUAUUUAGGGACUUCAAACUAUUCAAUAAUUUUCACCGAAUCCUGAUGACAUUACAGAAUGCUAAUUAGAUAAUUAAUCAAACUAAAUUAAAUUCUUUUCAAUUGAGGAUCUUGAUAUAACUAAUUCAUUACUUCCCUGCAAAUCUUUAUAUAUAUCGCAAUACUAUAAGAAUUGUGCUCUUAUUAAUGCUUUUAAUGUAUUAUAAUCUAAAAUACAAUUCGUGAAGGAUAUUUAUGAGAAAACAGACAAUCCAUAUGCUGUAUGGCUUUGUGAUUAGGGUGAAUGGAAAAUUAUUAUUGUAAAUGACAAAGUUCCUUGUAUUACAGAUAUUAAUAAUAGUAUUCAUAGUGUUUUGUAAUGUGAUUACUAAUGGCCUAUCAUUAUAGAAAAAGCUGUUGCCAAAUUACUUGGGGCUAGUUAUAAUUCUUUUAAUCAUUUGAUUUCUCAUUCAAUUGAAUCAUUCGUAUAUGUAUCAUUCUAUUAUUUAUUCUAAGAUUUUAUUUGGAUCACCUAUUACCAAAAUUAGAAUUAACAAUAUUGAAGAUUUAAAAAAUCUUUUAGAUGAUAAAACAUCUAUUCUUUAUGUUGAAUUAUUUCAAAAUUCGAUUAACAAUGCUUAUGUAAUUAAAUCUAUUCAAGAUUAAAAUGAAAAAGUAUUUGUAGAAUUAUAAGCAUUAAACUAAUAAGCUAUUCAUAAUGAAGGUAUCUGGCUAAAUGUAUUUAGGAAUCAUGUUGAAAGAAUCUAAUUUUCUAUUAAGUUGGAACAUUAUAUAGAUUUAAACGAUUUCAUAAGUGCAUUUGAAUAAUAAUUAUCAAACUUUUACUUUUACUAUGUAAAAACCAAUUGAAAGAAAAAUACCAUUUGAAGAACACACGUAUAUUUAUACUUUUCAAAUUGAUGAAUAAAUAAAUGAAGAUAAGUCUUAUUGGAUCUCAAUUUGUUAAAGAGAUUUUAACUUUAGUGCUUCUAAACAAUUAACUUAAAUCAAAUAUGGUUUAAUUAGACUUUUAAUUUUUAGAAAUAAAAAAAAAGGUUAUGAACUCAUUUCUGAAUCUAUUGAUUUUACUCAAAAUCUCUAUCUUAAAAUUGAAUUAAUAAAAGGAUAAUAUACUUUACUUUGUCAAGCAGAAUUUUAUAAUCUUGCAUAUUUAUCUGAAGAAAUAAAAAAUUUAUAAUAAAGAUUGAAAUUGUAAAUUUAAGCAAUUAAACCACCCAAUAUAUUUGAUUAAAAUAAUUAAAAUGAAGAAAAAUUAAAAUAACUUAUCAUUUCAAUGAUCCGAUAAAAAUCAACAAACCUAAAUACUUUAUAUGAAAAGGAUUAAGGAUUUCCAAACGUUUAAAAAACUAGUGAUAAAACUAAAGGAUUCUUUUAUAUAUAUUAUGAAAACCAUGGUGAUACAAUCUUUGAAGAUAAUAUUGAAUUUAUUCACUAUGAAAAUUUGAUAAAAUAUGAUACUCUGAAAAUGGAUACUAAAGUAAAGAUAUCUAUUCACCCUAAAGACUAUUUACUAAUCCUUUAUAAAUUUGACCCUAGAAUUUUAUUAAUUUAGAAUGACAUCUCAUUUUAAUAUGAAAUAAACUAUAAUAAUAAAUAAUCAUUAUUAGUUCAAAAAAAAUCCUUAUUUGAAUAUAUGUUGUCUUUAAAAGAUCCAAAAUAUAACUAAAUAAAAAAUCCUAAAAUUUCCAUCAAAUAACAUCCUAGAGGUAUGAAAUAUAUUUUUUAAAUUUUAGGAGUAGUUUUGCUGUUUUCUAAUAUUGCGCUUUUUCCAAUUGUAGUUGAGUGUUAAUUAUAAUUAUAGAAUUUAAAAAUUUAUUUAAAUAAUUUAACAUUAGAGGGCCAAAAAAUAAAAUUUUAAUUGAAUAAAAAAGCCCAUUUAUUUGUAUUUUUAAAUAUCGAAGAUCCAGCAAUAAAGACAUUUAACUAUAAAAUGAAUUUUACUGUUUAAAAUAAAAAAUGA